AUCAAGCUGUGAUGUUUGUUUGGGUCCUAACGUUGUUCCCACAUUUUGACAGUUAACCAGUUUGAGAUCGCGGUGUCGAAGGGGUGAAUUUGAGGCUCGCACAGCGCCGCAUAAGACAGGGUGAUUACCGACUGUGGUGUAGUAUCAUUAGGUGAUGGUCGCUCAGUGAGGAAACUCCACGGACCGAGCCAUGCCAUAGGAUAUCAACUAGCCACCAAACACUUUAAAAUUUCAUCGCAGUUCCAUCACCGGGAAGGUUUUUCUUGCAAAUCUGUUUCGACUAAUGUAUUUAUUGGCGUGGAUAACACAACUCAUUUGAUUGGUGAAUAACAAUGUUUGUCUGCUUAUCAAGAAAGAUGUUGCCAACGUGCUACUUAUUGUUGAUGGUUCUAUGCAUCUGCAGGACUAUGCCGACGAAAAACAACUUCAAAUUUAACCAUCCAAAACAAGCCGAGUUUCUAGAAACACUCGAGGAUUAUGAGAUAGUUAUUCCAUCCCUGGUUGAUAACUCCGGUGAGUUCAUCUCCCAUGAUGUCAACUUAAAACACACCCCAGAAAACAGGCAAAUCAACGGCGAUGAAGACCCAGUGGCCACCAGACACUACCGGAUUAUUCUUCUGGACAAAGACCUCCACCUACAAUUAGUGCGAAGUCAUCGUCUUAUAGCACCGGGUUUCAUCUUAGAGAGACGGGGGAGGAACAUAUCAGAGUCCAGCAUGAGGAAGGUAGACCACGCCCACCAUUGUCAUUUCAACGGGCACGUGCGCGGGCACAGAGAUUCAAAAGUUGCAGUCAGCACGUGCGACGGUGUGGUUGGAAUGAUCCGACUGACAGACGAGGAAUUCUUCAUCGAACCAAUUAGGAAUUACACCAAGUCCCAAUCCUCAGACCGUCACCCUCAUGUUGUGUACAAACGAUCUGCGUUACCACCAGACAAAGGCAGGGAUGGAUCGCCUCGCCUGGCGAGACGGGACACGACUGUCACGGGGGACCAAGACGAUUUCUGCGGCGUCAAUGACAAAGUUUCCGAAGAGCAGCCGAACAUUUCAACGAAGAAAGCGAAGCUUGGUAAACCAGAUGUCGACGGGAGUCGAUCACGACGUCGACGGCGGUCGACUAGCAAGGAGCGAAACGUCGAGCUGCUUGUAGUUGUCGACAAACACAUGGUGCAAUAUUACAAGGAUCAAGAUAUUGAAACAUAUGUACUGACAAUUAUGAAUAUUGUGGCGGCUAUUUACCAUGACGUCACCAUUGGAAACUACAUCAACAUCGUCAUGGUACGGUUGCUGUUUCUUGAAGACGAUGAGGAAGGUUUAUCCAUAGAGCAUGAUGCUGAUAAGACGCUCAGUAGUUUCUGUCGAUGGCAACAGACGAUUAACCCUGGUGAUGAUACACAUCCCAACCAUCAUGAUGCUGCUGUACUGCUCACUAGGAAGGAUUUAUGCAAGGGAUUUGAUGCUCCUUGCGGCACCCUCGGUCUGGCUCAAGUAUCUGGGAUGUGUCAACGAGAAUGGAGUUGUAACAUAAAUGAAGACACAGGUUUAGCAUUGGCCUAUACUGUAGCACACGAACUGGGGCACAGUUUUGGCAUGCAACAUGACGGACUGGACAAUUCCUGUACGAAAACCAACGACUCCCAGAUCCAUGUGAUGUCAUCGCAACUUACUGGCGUGUACGGAGCGUUGACAUGGUCGCCAUGUAGCAGUAAUUAUGUCACAAGGUUCCUAGACCAAGGAUUUGGCGAUUGUUUGAAUGACGAACCAACUCAACAUGAUUUCAAUUUUCCGCUGGUGCCCCCUGGUGUGAUGUACACAGCAGAGCACCAGUGCAGACUUCAGUAUGGCGUUAAUGCAUCAGUUUGCUCGCUGCUUGAGCCAGAUCAAUGCUCUACACUGUGGUGUAAGUCGGGUAGUCACUGCCACUCUAAACUGUCUGCCGCUGCACCAGGGACAAGCUGUGGAAGGGAUAAGUGGUGUAGAGAUGGUGAAUGUGUUGAUAUCAAAGAUUCACCGAGACCUAUUCACGGAGACUGGGGUCCAUGGAGUGAGUGGUCUGCUUGCUCUUUUAGCUGUGGAGGUGGUGUGGCUAUCAAAGAACGCCAUUGCGAUAACCCAAGACCUACCAAUGGUGGCCGAUAUUGUGUUGGGGUCCGCAAAAAGUAUGCCAUAUGUAACCGUCAGGACUGUCCAGAAGGAAGCCCAACUCCUCGUGAGGCACAGUGUAAUAGCUACAAUGGACUCGCUCAUCAAGGCAACUAUUUCCAUUGGAUACCAUACUACAAAGAAAACGCAUUGUGUGAGCUUCACUGCAGGCCCCUCCAGAAGAACUUUAUGUUACCGAUUAAAUUUUCUACAAUGGUCAAGGAUGGCACGCCGUGUACUGAUGAUUCAAGAGAUAUCUGCAUUGGUGGAAUAUGCUACACGGUGGGUUGUGAUCUCCAGAUUAAUUCCCAUGCAGUAGAGGAUCGGUGUGGUGUUUGCCACGGAGAUGGAUCAUCAUGUGAAACGGUGAAAGAUCAACUCAUUAAACAGUCUGGCUUCGGUUACGUUGAGGCAAUGGUGAUACCGCGAGGCGCAAGAAACAUUCGCGUUGAGGAGGUAGCAGAGUCCACAAACUUCCUUGCCUUGAUGGAUCCUUCGGGCCACUACUACCUGAAUGGUGGCUGGGAUAUCAAAUGGAGCGGGAAAUAUGAAGCUGCUGGUACCGUAGUCAGGUAUGAGAGAGACGACCAGAAUAAAGAGACAUUUGAAGCUAAGGGACCACUUGAGGAACCUCUACACGUUAUGCUAUUGUUUCAAUCCAAGACGGCCGGAGUGGCCUACGAGUAUACCGUCCCUAAGCCCGGCAACACGACAGUAACGAUACCUAAACAAUUCCACUGGCAAAUCUCGGGAUGGUCGCCCUGCACAGCAACGUGUGGAUCUGGACUGCAACGGAUGACUAUUUUCUGUGUUGAGCGAGUAGCAGGGAUGGUUGAUGAUAAAUACUGCAAUGGCACCAAACCUAACGAUGAGCAACGCCAAUGUAACGUUCAUCAGUGCCCUGCUAAUUGGUGGAUUGGUCCGUGGCAGCACUGCUCAGUCACCUGUGGACUGGGUGGAAGUCGCAGUCGGUCGGUGUUCUGCAUUCGAAGUCUCGGCCAAGAUGAACAAGUAGCCCUGGUCGAUGAGCAGUGCGUUCGUCUUGGGCUGGUAAAGCCACGAACGACAGAAAGUUGCCGAGUAGAGAAAAAAUGCCCACUGGAAGCUAAUUGGAUCACGGGAGAGUGGUCAGAGUGUCUCUUUAUAAGUGGUCGAGCUGAGCAGACAAGAACUGUACAUUGCAGCAGGACGGAUACCUUCUGUGACUAUGCCAGCCGACCUACAACUCGUCAGCCAUGUGACCUUUAUGAAUAUUCAUAUGAUUACUAUGGAGAUUACAGUGUCAAAAGAGACGAAACACCAAUCAGCUUCGGGGAAUGGGAACGCCUGAAGGAAAAAGGCUUGCUUGAACCGGUGAAUGGCCACACCAUGACAACCAUUGGACCAAUAGGGAGGCCUUCAAACGUUGUAGCCAAUCAAGUCCCAGACUCCCUGGCACGUGGUUAUAUACCGCCACCCGAUACCACUGACGAGUCUCUCAUUGGUUUAGCAAGAGGUGACGUCAUUUUAGAAAUUGCAAAUCAACAAGUUGACCCGGAUGGUGAUUGGGUGGAGCCCAUCAAACCUGGUCACGUGACUGGUAUUUCUAAAGUGGCUGAUGAAUUACCAGAGGGUAAUGGUGAUUCACCGGUGAGAGAACCCCCUAGGGUGGAAGGACAGACACUCUGGUGGGUGCCUACUCCAUGGUCAGAGUGUUCUGUGAGUUGUGGGGAUGGAGUUAAACAUAGAACCGUGGAGUGUUUGGAAGUUAAAACAGGCCUACAUCAUCGAGGCUGCGACCAGACCACAAAACCUUUACUUACUCAAUCAUGUCAUAAUGCUGAGUGUAAAGAUAGCAAUGCACUUUCAAAUAGCUGUGAUGGAAACAAACAAACCAACACAUGGUGUCGCCUCGUACUUGUUAUGGGAAACUGUGGCAAAUAUCCCUACAAUGAUCUGUGCUGCGAAACAUGCAUCGCAUAUGCAGCUCCGUACAACGUGUAGGCUAGGCCUACGAUAUAUAUAGGCUAGGCCUAGUUGACUUAAUCAACGCCUUUCCCGCCAAAACUGACUAAAUAAUCUUUGGUCCAACCGGCUUUUUUUAACUUUAGUAAGGUUUAACCCUUAAAUUAUUGAACGCAAUUGAAUCAAUUCAAUUCAAAUCUUGAUUGUCUUUGACAUAAAACAUUGUUCUUAAUUUGUUUAUUAAUCUCUUUUUUUUCCACCAAUAUGGAAAUAAUUGUUGGUUUGAAUUGAAUUUGGAAUUGAGAGCAAAAUUCGCCAUAAAAAUGUUGUUCUGGUUUCAUAAUAACGGGAAUUUUCUUUAAGGUUUUGAAUUGUAAUAAUGUACCAAUGUAUAAUUUCUACUAUAUUUUUUGUUAAAUUAUUUAUGUAAAAAUAAAACCAUAUUUCACUUUGUGUUUUAUAGCGAAAAAUAUUGUUUAAGAUUUUACAUAAAACCGACAUAUCAAAGCAUAUGAAGAGUAAAAUUUAAGACAUCUUGAUGAAUUAACAAAUUUUCCUUUCGUAUUGCGCUUCGGCAACCGAUAUUGUAAAAGUUGACUCAUGACGUCGCUUGCUCACAAAAAUAUUUAUGUUAUAAGCAAAUUGUCCAUAAUUGUUUUAAAGUGUGUGCCUAACAUUGAACAUAAUAUAUAAAUGUUUACAGUUUUGCACUAAAGGUAUGUUGUAUAAAGAUAGGAAUAGUGAAAACUGCUCUUUUAAUAUUUUUGCCUAAAAUGUUGUUCCUUUUAAAAUCAGUGGACAAUAUUGGUACUCAAAAUGAUUAUCAGCAUAAAACCUCACUUGGUAACAAGUAAUGGGGAGAGG